CCGCUUCCGUCUAGGCGUAGAGCCUCUACUCAUGCGUCGUUCUCCAGUGCCAGCAGGAAUACAGGCUUCUUUUGGCGGCAGCGGCGCCGGAGCUUCUCUCCUUUGAACGCUGAGAGGGAGCUCGUGGUCUGCGGUCUGAUCUCGAAGCCCAGAGCAAAGCGGCGAGAUGACGGACCGAUACACCAUCCACAGCCAGCUGGAGCACCUGCAGUCCAAGUACAUCGGCACGGGCCACGCCGACACCACCAAGUGGGAAUGGCUUGUGAACCAGCACCGGGACUCCUACUGCUCCUACAUGGGUCACUUCGACCUCCUCAACUACUUCGCCAUUGCCGAGAAUGAGAGCAAAGCGCGCGUACGCUUCAACCUGAUGGAGAAAAUGCUGCAGCCCAGCGGGCCGCCGGCGGACAAGCCCGAGGAGAACUGAGGCGAGCGUCCCCGAGUCUUCCCCUUCUGCCAGCAGUGGGAGCUUCCUUGCUCCUGCUUCUCCACCAUUCUGCGUUGGGUUCCUCGCCUGACCUGCUUACCCAGGGACGAUUCCGAACAAGUCGUCGAGAGACUGUCGUGUUUCCCGGGGAACUGCGCGGAAGGAGCGAUCCCUGCCAGCGAGGGAGAAGACUGCACGGGAGACAUGGCGCAUUUCGAGUCUGUUUUUCGAUAGUUGUUUGUCGUUUUUGCAUUUUUUAAAUAUAAAGUUUAGUAUUUGAGCUGUC